AUGAGUGCGCCUAUCAUCUGCGAACUGUGUCUGGGUGACUCUCCAGAUAUACGGGUCACGAAGAUACCGAAUGGUGCGGACUGUAAAAUAUGUACGUUGCCCUUCACGGUGUUUCAUUUCAAGAAGGAUCCAAGGUCAAGCACGAUCAUUAGAACGAUCGCGUGUGAACGGUGUGCAAAGCAGAGAAACGUGUGUCAGUGUUGCAUGCUGGAUCUGGCUUGGCAUAUAUCUAUUGACGAGCGGGACCAGAUUAUAUCGCUGAUUAAGGGCCAUGAGGUGAAAACGAGGGAAGCGCAGAAUGAAAUGAUGAAGAGGUUUGUGGCUCUUAAGAAUGGGAACGCUAAGCUGGGCGGAGCUGAGGUGACCGGAGAUAGGGACCAAUUGGCUCAGGUGAUGGCUCAACUGGAGGAGACUCUUACCCGUGAGUCAGAGCAAAAAGAGGAUGCAACGAACAACCUUAAAAGAGGUUCAUCCAAUUUGGGCAGUACAAGCAUAACGCAUAUUUGGAAAGAUCUACCCAUGAGCGAGACUUUUUCCAGUGAGAACUGUGCUGGUGUACAAAGUUUUUUUCUGUUUGGGAUAGACACAUCGAUACCGGAAUGGCAAAUUGACAGUACCAUUGCAGAUAUUGUAGGGGACGAAAAUUGGAAACAGACACCGUCGACGUCUCUGAUAGUCAACCAUAAGGCAACGUGUGGUGGGAUAAAGUUCAAGAGUCAACUGCUAAGCGACAAGUUUGUCAAAGAACUGAUAUCCCGUGGCUGUUUGACCAGGGGCGGGAAGACCAAAGGUAUCUUGGAAGUUCUCCGAUUCCGGGUGUUUGUUCUUCCCUGGAGGCAAGGUUUCAAGAUCACGUCCUUUGGCCGCAAUAUCAAGGAAAACAUCAAGUUGAGGAAUGCCCUCCAAGCGAAGAUAUCGAGCAACUCCUUCAACCUGGUCACCGAAGGAGACUCCCCUGGGGGGAAGAAACUUGCAAAAUCGGCUGCGGCCAACAAACACAAGCGUGUGGGCAAGAAGAAUAAGAAGAGUAAACGUGUAUCCAACUUAGAACUGUAG